AUGUCGACAUCGCCUUCACCGUCGCCUGGGCCAACAACCCCACCACCAUUACAACAACAACAAAACAUCCGAAUCUCCACAGCCCCAGAAAAAUACCUCUACGCAUCCCAAAACGAGGCAAAAUCGCCCACCAGCAGCAGUAUAUGUCUGUGCAACACGCCCCGCCACGAAACCUACCUGCAACCCCUCAUCUCGUGCGCCGCACACUGCAAACCGCGCUUCUUCCACCUGCGCUGCGUGGGCCUGACCCAGCGCCCGCUAUCCGGUACCCCGUGGCUGUGUCCGCAGUGCGCGCCAAACACGACUGAGCUGCAGCGCUCAGCACAGCGUGUGGUCUGUGUGUGCGACACCCCGCCGUAUAUCACCGGGCCCGUGGUGCGGUGUGCACGUGACACGUGUAGUGUGGGGUUGUUCCAUUGGGCUUGUGCGGGGUAUCCUGGGGAUGAGGGGGAGUGGAUAUGCGGGGUAUGUGUGGAGUUGGAGGCGCAGAGGAGGGGGAAAAAGGAGGUGGAAGGGGGUGAAAAUAGGGGUAAUAGGGGUGAUAGGGGUGAAGGUGAUGACAAAGAGGAAGAAGACCAGAACGAAACCGACGCGUUAUCUGUUCUCAGUGCUGAGAAACUACUUCAGGAGGCUGGCUUUCUGGAUGCGGAAAAAGAAAAUAUGGUACAAGAUCAUGGAGAUGGAAACAACCCGAUGCAUGGACAAGAACCAGAGGAAUCACACCUGGAACGACGGAAAAGCCCAACUUGCAAGAUGUCGCAGCCACAAGCCUCACUUCUAACAGAGCACGGUCGAGAUCUGUCUUGCCCCGCUUCCGCUGCCCCUAUUUCGACUCCUACCUCGACAUCUACACCCCACGAAGGACAUAAAACACCAUACUAUCCAUCCUACUGUAUCUGCGGGACACCUGAAACACGGGAAAUGAUUGCGUGUCAUGGGGCGCAGUGCAGCGGUAAAUGGUUCCAUUAUGAAUGUGUGGGGAUGACGGCUGAGAUUGUGCCUGGAGGAAAGUGGGUUUGCGAGGGGUGUGCUGGUAGUAAAGUGUAG